AUGCGCCAUACUCCCUCCCAAAUAGCCUCUUCGCAGAAAGUCCGAGACAUCAGCAUAAGCCCCGAUGGCGAACGCGUUCUCUACCAAGUUCAGCAGUUCUAUAAAUCAGCUGAUCGCGUCCAAGCUGAACUAUGGCUCGCACGGACAGACGUCACUGACAGCGCCCGGAAACUGACGAAUGGCGAUUUUCACGACCGCGCAGGCGUAUUUCAUCCAUUCGACUCCAACAUGAUUAUUUUUCUCUCCGACCGAUUUAGUCCGGGGAAGGGAGGAAGCCUCUACUCUUUGAGGCUAACUGAAGACGAAGAGCCAAUGCAUUUGAUGGUAGAACCCGUGAGGAAGGGUGUACAGCAGUUCCAGGUGUCGCCUGACGGGACAUAUAUAGCUUUCACGUCUACAAAUGACGGGCCCGCUCGAGAGGAUAGAGAUGAUGCAAGGCGGAUUGGGGAUAAGCGGGGGUUAUCGCGCCUUUUUCUGCUCAAUCUGAUCACAGGAGAAGUAUCAUCCAUGAACCACAUACGAAAGGAUCGACAUGUCGAAAGCUUCACGUGGAGUCCAGACAGCAAGGAAUUACUUCAUAGGUUACGGGAGGACAGAGGGCUGGAGGCAGCCGAACGGGAGGUGUUGCUGGAAAAGGUAUCCGUUGCUUCUCAAGACGCGCCUGAAACAAUUGACGCGUACCCCCGCUCGCCCUCUGGACCAAAUAUUUGGCUCAGUUCAGGCCACAUCCUGGCCCUGCAAAGCUAUGAGGUAGCCAAUAUCCUUGAUGCGCGAACACUGUACAUUCGUCAAGGGGCGGAUCAGAGGGCAUCGGUGCGGAAGUUGUAUGGUGCGACAGAGGAUGCCAUCCGGAUCGUCGAUAUGACAAAUCACAGCGAUGAUACCAGUAACGGGAUGAUAGCUGUCGAAGUAUCUUCUGACACUGACACACGAAUUGACGGGAUUUCAUUUUCUUCAUCCAACGGUGACGAGAAUAAGGUGGUAGAUGUUCGUCAGCUUUUCCAAACGCAGGAUGAAGCCAUAUGGUUUGGGGCAUGGGACGCCAAAAGAAUACGCAAUCGGACAGGUGUCUCGUACGUGUUUGCCGCGGUGCUGAGCUCUGGCAUACGGCACGAGGCGCCAAAUGUGUGGUCUGUUCGCGUCGAUGACGAGAAAGGGUGCUGCACGGGCAGAAGGAAGCAGUUAUCAUCCCAUUUGCAGUGGCUUACUGAUGCACCGCAGAUAAAGACUGAGGUCAUUCGAUGGAAAAGCAGAGACGGCGUGGAACUCAGUGGCUUGGUAAGAUAUCCCCCAGGCAUUGACCAAAGGAGCGCUUGUGCCCUGCCAACUAUCUUGUUCCUCCAUGGAGGGCCAUACCGCCGGGACGUCCCAGAUUAUAUGCCCUAUUUCUGCAAUUGGCGGGAGAUGCUCGCGUCCGCCGGAUAUCUUGUAAUCUCGCCUAAUUACCGAGGAAGUCAAGGAAAAGGCCAUAGUUUUGCUCAUGCCGCUUCUUGUGGUAUCGGUACCUUUGAUUGGCCCGAUUGCGAGAGCAUGGUCGAUGAGAUAGUCACCCGCGGCCUUGCUAAUCCAGAUAGGCUAGCCGUAGCAGGAUGGAGUCACGGAGGGUCAUUGACAGCGUGGGGGGUGACCCAAACGAAGACUAUGUUCAAAGCAGCUGUUGUGGGGGCUGGCGUUUCCAACUGGGAAAGCAUGGUAAUGGAAGCUGCUUCGCCAGAGCUAGAGGGAGCGCUUGGGGGCAUUUCGCCUUGGGAAGGGCGACUGAACGGGACUUCCAGGAAGGAGAGUCCUAUACAACAAGUAAGCGGAGUAACCACGGCAGUUUUGAUUUUACAUGGCGAAAAAGACGAGCGCGUUCCGCUCGGCCAAGGCAUCGGACUAUACAGAAGUUUGAAGAGGACCGAAGGUCCCUGUAAAGAUCGAGUUGAGAUGAUAGUGUACCCGAGAGAACCGCAUGGGUUCGUCGAGAAAAAACACGCUGAAGAUGUGAUGCUCAGAGUAUUGGAACAUUUUCAGAGGUGGUUAUACAACAUGGUUACGCCGAACCCCAGUACGACGUCCGGAUCUCUAUCGUUUGACCCAUCGAUGCACGGCUCCUCCAGUGUUGCCUCUUCCUCAUCUCACCCACCUUACGAUCCUCCGAUUCUUCAACAAAAACUGACUCAAAAGCUCGGUCCUGAAUACAUUUCCACUCGACCAGGUCCAGGUGGAGGGCCAAAGCUCACAUAUGCAGAGGGCUGGAAGAUAAUCAAUCUUGCCAAUGAGGUCUUCGGAUUUGAUGGGUGGAGCUCAAGUAUCGUCACGAUGAGCACCGAAUUUAUGGACUUCGACGAGACGACACGCAGGUACAGCAUUGGUAUCACGGCUAUUGUACGGGUGACUUUGGUGACUAGCGGGUCAUUUCAUGAAGAUAUUGGAUAUGGAACGAUAGAGAAUACGAAGAGUAAAGGGCAGGGUCUGGAUAAAUGCAAGAAAGAGGCUGUUACGGAUGGUCUCAAGCGUGCUCUCAGAAAUUUUGGAAAUCUUUUGGGAAACUGCUUAUAUGACAAAGGAUACACCCAAGAAGUCACUAAGAUCAAAGUCCAGCCGCCUAAAUUUGACAAAUCACAGCUGCAUCGAAGACCAGAAUUUGCUGAAUCACAACCACCGCCACCAAGUAAUCCACCCCAACCACAGACGAAUGCACCCGUACAACAACGCGCACCGACGCCUCAACAACAACCACAGCAUGCACCAGCUCUACAACAAGCAUGUAUUCCCCCGCAACCGCAACGAACUUCUCUCCAUCAACAACCACAACGGCCACCACAGAAUGCCGCGGUGCCGCAACAGCAUAGACCGCCCCAACCAGCAUGUGCUACCUUUAAAGCCCCGGCUCCGAAACCUUAUCCACAGAUAAAUAUGCCUAUAACGACACUGCACCAGCCGAAUGACAAUUCCUCCUCUGGCAAGGGGAACAUCAAUACUAAUGCUGCGUCUUCGUCAACUUUAUCAGCGAUUGAGCCUGAGGGCGAUGAUUCAUUCAUGUUCGGUUCUGAAGAUGACGCAUUUCUCGCCACAGUGGAUCUUGGUGAAGGAGAUAUGGGAAGGCCCAUCUUGUGUGAGGGUGAAGAGUUCGACGACGAGAGCAUAAGAGACAACGUGCGAUUCGAGGAUGUGGAUCGUAGUGUAGUUGGGGAGCUGUUUAAUGGUGGAAGAGAGGACAAACCAACAGUGCUAGCAUCUGCACGCAGUGGAGCACAGCAUCAACAACAGAAGCAGAACCGACUGGCCGCUAUCAAAGCUGAAAUCGAAGGCCAUUCCGCAGAGCGAAGUGUCCUGGGAGAGCGAGCUACAAUACCACCCUCCAAUCCUAAGCUUAUUAUACCGCGGACAUCUGUAGAACGACAGCAGCAAAAUCAGAAUCGAGUUGCGCUCAUCAACUCCUAUCAACAGCACCCGACAGCGCAGCAAAGCGUUCAUAAUCCACAAAGACGACCUGACACUCCGACGGGUGGGUUUCGGUUUCCGACGGGGACGAUAAAUCCUCUUGGACUUCCAAUACAUAGUGGUGUGAAGCGAAACGCCGAUGGGGCUCCAAGGAAACCUGGCCCGGGGAUGGGUUUGAGCAACACUUCGAGUACGAGGACACCCCUAGGCACAUUAUCAUUGGAGCCAGACGGAAAGAGGAUAAAGCGGUAGCCACUAUUGGUCCGAUGACUUUCUCAUGUACGACUAUCACCGUCCACGUCCAGAAUUAGCACGAAUAUCUAUCGGAUUCGCUUGUGGAUUGUCGAUACCUUCAUAAGUGGUGUUAAGAGGUACAUAACUCACUCGGACAACUGUUACGCAAGUAUUCUUUCUGGAAAGACGCUACACCAUCUGCUGGGAACUAUAUACAUGC